CGCCGCUGAAAUAACAAGUGAACCAAACAUAUUCUUUAGUUGUCGAGAGAAAAUAGCAACGAUGGUGGACACUCCGAGCAUAAUCAAUGCAUUUUUAUCAGUGAUAAAAUACAAGAGCCAAGUGAAAUUAUCGAAGGUUGCACCUGGCGAAAGAAUAAUCACGUUGGAAGAAGUUUCCUGGCACGAUAAACAUAAUGACUGUUGGGUGGUUAUCUACGAUAGGAUCUACGAUAUCACCGAUUUCUUAAACGAGCAUCCAGGUGGAAGCGACAUCCUUUUAGAGUACGCUGGAAGAGAUGCUUCCGUCGCCUUCAGAGGAUCAGGACAUAGUGCGCAAGCUAUUAAAUCUCUUGAAGAAUAUCUAAUAGGAGAACUUCCGACAGCCGAGAGGAUCUUCAGGAAGCAAAACGGUUACCGGUUAAGUGAUAUUCCUAAUUAGACUACAGCACGAUGUAUCUAAUUUAAUCGUUUGAAUGUUCCUAUAUCAAUACUUAACCAAUUUUUAUUCGACCAGUAUUUUAAGUUCGUUGUUUAUUUUUAUGUCUUUUUCAUUCUUUACAUUUAACAUAAUUUAUUUUAAUUUUAGUCACAUUUAUUUAUAAUCAUAUUAUAUAGUUUUAACGCAACAGUAUUAUUGCGAAUCAUUAUUAAUGUUAAACAAUUAUAAAU